GUGAAUUUCAUAUGGAACGUGUGAAUUUUAUAACAAGUUCAAGUAUUUUCUGUGACUUUCAGUUGCAGAUAAAAGGCAUUCUUGGAUUAAAAUUGGAAUGAGAUAUGUUGGUUCUGUUCAUGGCUGUUUAUAAAACAGCAUUGUCAGUACUGAGGAGAAGGGGAAGAAAUAAAUAAAGGAAAUGGAGACCAGCCGAAGCAAUAGUAGUAGUAGCGAGAGGUUCAAUGAGUUCAUGGAGGACUCUUGUUGCAGCCAAUUCUGCAUGGGACCCAAUCCUUGGAUGGCCCGGUAUGUCUAUGGUCUGAUUUUUCUGAUUACGAACUUGCUGGCGUGGGGGAUAAGAGAUUACGGUCAAAGCGCCUUGACGGAGAUGGAGAGACUCAAAGGAUGCCAAGGUGGCCGCUUCUGCUUGGGUACCGAAGGUGUUCUGCGCAUUAGCCUGGGCUGCUUUAUAUUCUAUUUCAUAAUGUUUCUUUCAACGGCUGGCGCAAAAAAGUUGAACGAGCGUAGAGAUUCAUGGCAUUCGGGUUGGUGGUCUGCCAAGAUUGUUAUGUGGAUUGCAUUGCUAGUGGUCCCAUUUUUUGUUCCCUCGGCAUUUAUUGAACUCUACGGUGAGAUUGCACAUUUCGGCGCUGGGGUCUUUCUCCUGGUUCAACUCAUUAGUGUGAUAAGUUUCAUAAAAUGGCUGAACGACUGCUGCCACUCAGAGAAAAAUGCAGACAGAUGCCGCAUCCAUGUAAUAUUGCUGUCAAGUGCUGCUUACGUUUUUUGCUUCAUUGGGAUCAUCCUGAUGUACAUAUGGUAUGCGCCUCAGCCAUCUUGCCUAGUUAACAUCUUCUUCAUCACCUGGACAUUGGUACUGCUGCAACUCAUGACCUGUGUCUCUAUCCAUCCAAAAGUGAAUGCUGGCUUCUUGACUCCUGGCUUGAUGGGGCUUUAUGUGGUCUUCAUUUGCUGGUGUGCCAUUAGGAGUGAACCAGCCACAGAGAAUUGCAACAAGAGAGCAGAAGUAGCAAAGAGGGCAGACUGGCUUACAAUCAUAAGCUUUAUUAUUGCACUAAUUGCAAUGGUCAUAGCAACAUUUUCAACAGGCAUAGAUUCUAAAGCUUUCCAGUUCAGGAAGGACGAAACAGAAGCUGAAGAUGAUGUUCCAUAUGGCUAUGCAUUCUUUCAUUUUGUUUUUGCCACGGGAGCCAUGUACUUCGCAAUGCUGUUGAUCAGUUGGAAUGCUCAUCACACCAUGAGAAAGUGGACAAUUGAUGUAGGUUGGACCAGUACAUGGGUCAGAAUUGUCAAUGAAUGGCUAGCAGUUUGUGUUUACAUAUGGAUGCUGGUUGCCCCACUGAUAUGGAAGAACAGACGGACCAUGGAAAGUACUUAAGUUGUAAGAAAAUAAAAAAAAAAGUCAUUAUUCUUUCUUUCUUCACACAGAUUCAUCUGAUGUACAGAAACGUCAACUCAAAUAAGCACCUACUCAUUUCCUUGAGGCUGUCAAGAAGUGCCCUCCAUCUGCUGGUACCAGUAAAAAACCAGAUGCUUGCACAAUACUCAGGCCGGCGCAACAGAAGUUAAUUUGUGCUUACUUGUGACUAGUUAUUGACACUGAAAUUGAUAUCUACAGAUUCUUCCAAA